AUGGACACUCGUAUGUCAAAUUUCGGACAACAAAUCAUGUCACAAAGCCCAGCUGUUUCAGCUAGAAGUCCUAUAUAUCCUUUUUUCAAGAUUUCAUCAUCGCCUCCACAAAGUUUUGCCCCAACAAACCUUCAAAUGAAUUAUCCGAAACCUGCAUCAUAUGCAGUUCUCCCGUCUCCUCAUUAUGACAGCCAAUAUUAUUGAAAAACCAGAAAUUCCGUAUAUAACACGGUACUAAAAGAUGAAUUGAAAGACCUAAAAGAGAUUAUGAAAGAAAAAGAAAUCAAUGAAAAAAGGAAAACUCUUAUAGGAAGAGUAAACUCUGUAAUGAGUUUAUUAGAAAGAAAUGAGUCGAAAAAACAGCUUUCACCCCCUCCUCCUCUACCACCACCACCUCCUCCUCCUAUGCAACCCCAAUUUGAAAACCAAUUUACCGAAAUAAUGAAAGCAAUGCAAAAGCAGCAAGAAACCAUUAGCAUUAACAUUAGUUAAGAUUAUAAGACUCGCCUCAUUUUCUCCACCGCUUGCUUAACAGUCCGGAUAUGACCUUCCAUUUUGUUACUUCUCACUAAUAAGGACUAAGACGCUGGGUCACCAUACCGAGCUUCAACAGUUUCAACUUCCAGAAAAUCAAAAUCGAAUUUUCUGGUCAUCUGCUAGCUAAAGAUGGAAUUUUAAAUCCCAGGACGCAGUACCUGGUAUCCCUCCGUGAAACGUUUCCGAUUGGCCAGGAGCAGUCUCGCUGGAUUUCUGGGGCUCCCUUUCCAAUCCUACACUCCGUCUCCUCAUGGGGUAAAAACUAUGGCCUGAAGUGAAACAUGCUGUUGGCGUUACGCAAGUAAACCUGGCCUGAUGCACACCCUGAAUGCUAUCCUCCCUUCCAUAAGGUCCUCAGCUCAGCUCAAGCAGGUGCAGGUAUUAACUCCCCCCCCUCCGUGAGUGAACAAAAAAAUUUUGUUCACUCUAAUUUUUUUUUUUUAAAACAAUUUAUAUAUAAAUUUUAUAAAAAAAUUUUUUUUUCGAAAUUUCAAAAAAUCCUAAUUUGCAAAAAUUGGAAAGCAAAUAUAAAUUUAAUUUAUAAAAUUUAUGUUUUAAAAUGCAAUUCGUUCAAAAUUAAACAGAAUUAGCUCUAGAUUUCAUUAUACUAAUUAUCAUUUAUAUAUCAAAAUUUUUUCCAUAAAAUAUUUUUCUAUUAAAAAAUUUUUGUUCACUCACGGAGGGUGGGUUUUUUGGGCAAAAAAUAGCGAUUUUUCUAAUGGUUUUGUUCACUCACGGAGGGGGGGAGUAAGAGGAUGAAUUGGCUCACUGCUUCAUUUUAAUUUAUAUAGCAGCAAGAAACCAUCACAGAAAUGGUAAAAGGCAUGCAAACUCAGCGACCCUAUAAUAUGCCUCCUAAUGGGUACGAAUAUGGAAGAAGGGUACCUUCAAGAUCUCGUUCGCCUCCAUUGAGCAGCCUACAAUCUCCUAAACACAAUCCAGCUCCUUCUAUUGAUGAAUUUCUUGAUAACGAAGAUGAAGAAAAUAAAAGGUAUCUAGAAGAACAAAAAAAAUAUGAAUUCAAUCCUAAUAUGUCAGUUGAAGAAAAAGCCAAAUUAUAUCAGAGAUUGAAAAAAGAACGUAUGAAUAAAGAAACUGAAGCAGCCAAACAAAAACUUAGAGGGAUUUCUAGAUUAAGAGGAUAUGUAUUGGGCGUUUUAUUUCCUAUUUUAACUUAUUCAUCUGUUCUUAAAAGAAAAGGAUUAAUGAAAAACGAUGCUAUUAAAAAUAUGAAUGACUCAAUAACCCUCUACUUAGAAGUCGCCCAGUCCUGAGUACUCAAAGCAUCUAGAGUUACAUUGACUUCUAUACUGAAUGAUCCAAAUUUAGACUUAGACAUCACUGGAAAAGAUAAUUGGUGGAAUAAAGGAAAGCCAGAUGCUUUAAAUGCAAAACUUCUGAAAUUACAAGUAAGAGUCAGGGGCUUCUUAGAUGGAUUAUUAGAGCACACAAAUGAAGAAGAAAUGCCACGCCAGCUGAGGUUAUUUAUAGACAAACUGACUUCUAAUGGUGCAUAUAUACCUCAGGAGUACCUUCUAGGCUUUGAGAAGGCUAGGCUUAGUUUUAAUCAUUUUGGAGCCCUGACGAACCAAACUGACGAAAAAAAGUGGAUGAUGAUUGCUUUUUUCUUUAUUACAAGGAUUUUGAUUAAGGAGUUUCUGUUGAACCCUUCAGCACAUAACUUGCCUAUCAGAAUGAACUCAAGAGCUCCGAAGUAAUUUUUAUUUAGCAACUUGAAGGUUUUAGCUUCAAUACUACAGACUUUAAUUCUAACAAAGUUUACAAGAACUUCGAGAGAGCCACAAGAUGCAGUUGUCGAUGAAAAUGAGAUUUUAAAUAGAAAAAAGUCAAUGAAACUGGGACCUGUAAACAUUAUUUAGAGAAACAACGACAGUGUCUCACAUUUACUGCUAGCUGUCCCUGAAAUUGAUACAGUGUAUAAAAUAUUAAAAGAUUUCUUUGUAGAAAUGCAAGAUCUUAUGAUCGAAUGGGCAGACCGGGUGGUUAAAAUAUCAACAGGCGCUAGAUACACGCUUUAA